AUGGCUGCGUCGGCGGAGGCCCAGCGAUCGGUGGUCGCGGCGGCGCGCCCGCGCGGCAGCAGCGACGGUGGCGAUGGUGGUGGUCGCGACAGGCCCCGGCACCGCCGCUCGUGGUCAUCCUUUGACAGCCUGGCGGAUCUCAACAUCCCGCUGUCUCCGGGAGAGGCCAUUGAGGCCGCGCUCGCGCACGCGCUGCUGCUGGCCUCGCUGGCUCUGAAGCUUUGGUCCUACCUUGGUUUGGGCUACAAGUGGCUGAUCCAGGUGUACCGGCUUAUACUGUAUGCUAUGCUGCUGCUGCCAGGGUUCACCCAGGCGCGGCAGGUGCUGGAUCUGUACAUCCCCAAGACAGCUGGGCAGGGCGGCCAGCUGGUGCCCGUGGUGGUUUUCGUCACCGGCGGCGCCUGGACGAUUGGCUACAAGGCGUGGGGCGCCAUCCUGGGGCGGCGGCUGUGUGAGGCCGGGGUGCUGGUGGCCUGCCUGGACUACAGGAACUUCCCACAGGGCGACGCGCUGCAGAUGAUGGAGGAUGUCAACACCGGCAUUGCCUGGGUCACCCGCAAGAUCGAGCGGCACGGUGGCGACCCAGAGGCGGUCCAUCUGGUGGGGCAGAGCGCUGGCGGCCAGCUGGCACUCCUGGCGCUCAUAAAUCAGGUGGCGCAGGCGGCGACGGGCGAGGCAGUGCUGGGAGCGGCGCCCGUGUGGCACCCUCUUGACGUGAAGGCGUUUGUGGGGGUGUCUGGCGCGUAUGAUCUGGAGGGGCUCGCGGAGCACCUGCACAGGUGA